UGGACUGUCCCACCCUCAGUUCAUCAUCAUAAAUUCAUACAAUCAAUAUCUGUUGAGUUUGUUUUGACAAAAUUAACUGCAAAUUAUAGUUUGGAAUCUUUGUACCAUAAAAUUGUUUCACGAUACUAUAAAAUAAAUUGUGGGUUGGGUUGCUCACCCAACCUUUGACUUAUCUUCUCAGUCCUCUCUUCUUAAACCAAUCUUCCACCAUUUUCAUAAUUACUACAAAUUACAAACUUAAUCUCCCUCUAAAACAACAAUUACAAAUUUAAACUCGAGUUCUCGGUUAUACGUACAUGAUACAUGUUGUUUCUUCUUCUUUCGGAAACAAUGUUGAAAACGUAAUCUUAGCUUGUUAAUUGUUGUUAUUAAACAACUAAUCAAAGUCAAAUCUUACUUAAUUAUUGUGUGUGUGUUGGGAGAUUUCACUCCUUUGUUUCUCUUUCUUACUAGUUUCUUCAAUAUUUGCAAUCAAACAUAAUAGGGUGAGGGUGUGGGCUAGUUUCUCAACUAAUCACAAUAAAUAGCCCUCUCUCCAUUGAAUGCAUCCAACUUAAAAGCCCUGCUCAAGUUAGGUGGAAAGAAGACAUUCAUAAACAACCGAAAGAAGGGUUUCAUGUUAUGUUUUUAGACUUUGAGGAUUCUAGCAAGCAAAGAAGAGAGUAUUGCAUGCCAACAUUGGUGAUUUAAUUUGAAGAUUAAAUCAAGAGAAGAAGAUGAACAUUUUGAUCACCAUUUUUGGUUAAAGGGGAAGAUAAUCAAUCUGUUCAAGUAAACCUACAUUUUUCUGCUUUCUUCUACAUUUGGUUCACCUCCUAGGCUACUAAAAUAAUGGAUAUUUAUGUGGGUUUGCUAUUGUUUACUGCCAUUACAUCUUACUUGCUAUGGUUCACCUUCAUAUCACGGUCAUUACGGGGCCCACGAGUAUGGCCCUUAUUGGGGAGUCUCCCGGGCUUGAUCGAGAAUUUUGAGAGGAUGCAUGAUUGGAUGACUGAUAAUCUCAGCGCGUGUGGUGGCACGUAUCAAACUUGCAUCUGUGCCAUCCCUUUCUUGGCUCGGAAGCAAGGUCUUGUUACUGUUACUUGUGAUCCAAAGAAUUUGGAGCAUAUACUCAAGACCCGGUUUGACAAUUACCCAAAGGGUCCAACUUGGCAAGCUGUGUUUCAUGAUCUACUUGGGUUUGGGAUCUUUAAUUCGGAUGGUGAUACCUGGCUUUUUCAGAGGAAGACGGCUGCCCUUGAGUUCACCACCAGGACCCUCCGCCAAGCCAUGGCUAAGUGGGUCAAUCGGGCCAUCCAUGGGCGGCUCUGCCCGAUCCUUAAGACGGCUCAGAGUGAAGCAAAACCAGUUGAUAUGCAAGACCUUAUGCUCCGGCUUACUUUCGACAACAUUUGUGGUUUGGCAUUUGGUGGGGACCCACACACUCUUGUACCGGGCCUACCGGAAAAUGAGUUUGCUAAUGCAUUUGACCGGUCCACGGAAGCGUGCCUCCAACGGUUCAUCUUCCCUGAGGUAAUAUGGCGGCUCAAGAAAUGGCUCAGGCUUGGUUUAGAAGUCAGCUUGAGCCGAAGCCUUGUCAAAAUAGACGAUUAUUUGUCUCAAGUCAUUGAGAAACGCAAGGAAGAAUUGAUGAACAAGCAAAAAGACUUCGAUGAUUUGCUCUCUAGGUUCAUGAAAAGAAAAGAAUACUCAUCCUACUCGGACAAGUUCCUCCAACACGUGGCAUUAAAUUUCAUCCUAGCUGGACGCGAUACAUCCUCCGUGGCAAUGAGCUGGUUCUUCUGGCUGGUAAUUCAGAACCCCAGAGUUGAAGAAAAAAUCCUGCUUGAAAUAUGCACCGUGUUGAUGGAUACACGUGGCGAUGACGUGGCCAAAUGGACGGGCGAACCGUUGGAUUUCGAAGAGGUGGACCGUCUUGUUUACAUUAAGGCAGCAUUGUCAGAGACACUACGGCUAUACCCAUCGGUGCCGGAAGACUCGAAGCACGUGGUGGCCGACGAUGUGUUGCCGGACGGUACAUUUGUGCCAGCUGGCUCAUCGAUAACAUACUCAAUAUACUCAGCAGGGAGGAUGCAGAGCACGUGGGGAGAAGACUGCUUAGAGUUUAAACCAGAAAGGUGGUUAUCCCCUGAUGGUACAAAGUUUAUCAUGCAUGAUCAUUACAAGUUUGUGGCUUUCAAUGCGGGUCCCAGAAUUUGUCUAGGGAAAGAUUUGGCUUACCUACAGAUGAAGUCUGUGGCAGCCUCGGUGUUGCUCCGCCACCGGCUGGCGGUGGCGCCGGGGCAUAAGGUGGAGCAAAAGAUGUCAAUGACAUUGUUCAUGAAGUAUGGGCUUAAGGUGGAUGUGCACCAAAGAGACCUAACCCAAGUAGUUGCAACUUUGAAGCAGGAAAAACAACUUUUACUGUCAGAGUAACACAAGGUGAUGGUAAAUUGUGGGGUUUUACUGCAGUAAGUUAAAACUUUGGGUUGGUUUUUACGGGGAGAUGCAAAAUUCAUGCGGAAAGGUAAGUUUCAAUUAAUAUUGUGAGCAGAGGAUUAAUCACACACUUCAUGGGUAUGAAUAAUUACUUUGUUACAGCUGUUUGGUAUUGGAAUUCAUGAGAAAUCCGUAAUUUUGUAUUCUGACUUCAGAGGGCAUUUAUAGCCCUGUGUAUUUUGGGCCACCCUUGAACUGUAGGGCAACCUUACAAAUAUUUGUUCAGGCAAUAUUUUUUUUAUAUAUUUUUUUCAUUUUUGGUUUA